AUGGCUGGUCAUAACAUAUGCGAACCCCAAAUAUUUUCGGGGCAUAUAACUGAAGAUGUUAAUGAUUACAUGGAAACUUAUGAUAGGAUAUCAGCCGCGAAUGGUUGGAGCGAGGCGCAACGACUAAUAAUGUUUCCGCUGUAUUUGAGAGAACAAGCAAAAAAAUUGUAUAAGAGAAUCGAGGCCAAAACUGCAGAUUUGAAAUGGGCGGAUUUGAAAAAGGAAUUUUUAGAAUACUACAACUCAGAAGAGCAACAAAUACUGUUGAGAGAAAAUUUAAAUAAGAGAGAGAAACAGGAGGAAGAGAGCUUACAGGAAUACAUUCUGAAUGUGGUUACCGAAUGCAGUCAAGUGAGCGAUAAAAUGACUGAAGAGGUGAUAACAAAACUGAUAUUGAAAGGUCUACCAGAGGAUGUCUACUGGAAAAUAUAUUCACUGGAUAAUUCGUCAGUAGAUAAGAUAACGAAGAAUGUAAAGGCGUAUGAAGUGGCUAAUGCGAUCCGAAAAAACCCAGCAAAGGAGAUUGAGUUUUUAAAAAGGGAAAUGGAGAAACUCAGGGUCAGCAGAGAAAGCAACAGCAGCGAUGAGGUAAGACAGUUGAAGGAAGAGCUUGAGAGGGUCAAAGCAAGCAUAAAUAACAGGCCAUUUAGAAAUAAUGAUAAUUUUAGAGGCAAUUCUAAUAAUACUGGUAACUUUAGGGGCAAUCCUAAUAAUAAUAGUAACAAUACUAGGGACCGCAAUUAUAACAAUUAUAAUAGGGCUAGCGAUAACAAUUCCAGAAAUAGGAACUACAACAAUAACAACAGAUAUAAUGGUAAUAAUUAUAAUGCAUGGUCUAAUGAUAAUAGUCAAAGACCACCCCCGUUAGUAGAAAAUAUAAGUAGCUGUUUUAUGAAUAACAAAAAUGGUCUAAGUAAUAACCUACUGACAAUGGGUGUUGUGGAAUUCCAUACAACUGUUGAUUAUAAAUCCCACGACAAACUAUAA